AAAAUUAUGGCGUAAAAGUGCUAUAAAACAAAAAAAUAGUGACCCAAAGUUCAUUCCAUAUGUCAUUCUAAAAGCUUCAAAAGAAGCUAUUAUUUCUACACCAGCUCCCUCAUUUUCUUCAACCUCAACUUUUGUCCCCACUAACUUAGAUUUAGAAAUUGUCCAAAAAGACUCUGAUGAAUAUCUCGAAGACGAUAAUAUGGGAGAAGACUUAAAAGAUUUUACUGUUGUUACAAAAGCUACUCCCUUUGCAGUUACUAGUAAUAUCAAGUUUACACCCAAAGAAAAGAACAACAGCAAAAUUGUUCUUGCUAUCAACAAUGUUUUUGCUUAA